CCCCUCCCCCUCCUCCGUCAUAUAGCCUUUUUGGCUCGACUUGUUUCAAGCUCACUUCGCGCCCUCGCGCCACAUACCCUGGCCAGCCGACCUCAUGUCCAUCGGCGAGCAGCUGGUUGGCAACCUGAGGGCGCGGGUGUCCCUCGUCGCGUCGCAGGUGUCGGCUGGGCUCGACCGCGACAGCAUCCUGACCGCCCAGUCGGACGCGUUCGUUGUCGACCUGAGGGGCGCGGGGCCGCUCAGCAUCGAGGACGUGACAUUGGUAUCCAGUGAGAUAGCAAUUGGCCCAUGGAGCCCUGCGCAGAAGGCGAGCCUCGCCACGGCCGUUGGCCAGAGCGGCGGCCCAAGACCUCAGGAGCCUCGGGCCAGGGGGAUGCAGACCAUGACCUACGUGGAGAGGUUCAUGGCCGAGAGCGACUGGGCUCGCUUGCAGGACAGCAACAUCUCGGUCGAUGCCAAGAUCCACCACCUCGCGGAGCGACUUUGGCUACUGGGCAUCACGUGCCCGUCGAUCCCCUUGCUCAAGCGCGCAGUGGCCAUGGUGGUGAUGGUUGGGCUUCCUCCUGAGAGCAAAGGGGCCUCGCCAGAGGCCAAGCAACGGUGGUGCUGCGACCUCAAGGCAUCCAUCAAACGCAUCGACGAGCAGCGUGAAUGGCCAGGACACCACAUAAAGCUGUACGUCGACAAUCCCGCGGACUUGCCUGCUAGCGUCCGCGACUUCGCCUACUCGGGCUCUGGGCCACCAGUUGCCCCGCCAGCGUCGGUGACGGCGAUGGCCCUCGACCAGCAGAUGAAAUCGUUCGGCUACAAGAAAUCCCACGCCAGUUUGAGUAGGGCUCAUCCGACCACGCGCGCAAGCCCAGGAGGGACCAUGGUGCCCAUCAGCGUCCCGCAGGCGAGCAGAGGCGGCUUCCACGGCAUGGAGGGCAUGGACGCCAUGCAGAGCAUGCAGUUUCUGAUGCAGAUGGCCCCCUUCGUCCAGCAGCUGAUGGGCGGCGGCAGCUCCUCAGAGGGCAGUUCCCCUGCGGCAGGCGGCGGCGGCGUGCCGAUCACGUUCACGAGCGGGUGCAGGCGCGGACCGCCCAGCAGUGCGGUGAGCCACCACGACACGCUGAGUGCUACAACGUUGCAGAUGGCAAACACGCGCAACUCCGAGCAGGACCUGAGUGGCUUCGACUCUCAACUGUCGUCGAGCGGUGGGUCGCCGCCGCCGAUCAGCGAUGGCCAGCCUCAUGGUGGUGAAGUGGCGCUGGUUCCAGUUCAAGCUCCUGCGCGUGCUCCUGCGGGUGCUCUGCCUGACGGACUUCCAGCUGUUCGAGCCGACCCCGCGGCAGAGUUGGAGAGGAAGCUGAACGAGUCAGCGCGUGCUGCUGGGAGCCGCUACACGACGGCAGCAAUGAAGCGGCCUGCCGCCGCCGUGUCCGAGAUCGAGGAGGAGGGCGAGCAGCCGCCCGAGCCGACGGCGAGGGCGAAGGGCAAGGCCAAGGGCAAGGCCAAGGGCAAGGCGACCGCCAAGCCCAAGGCCAAGCCCAAGGCCAAGUCCACGGCUUCCCACGGGGCUGGCCGCAAGGCCACUGCAACGAAAGGCAUCAUGGUGAAGAACGGGGUCGCGAUCGACAUUAGCGACGUUGUCACUGCGGCCUCGAUCGAGGGCAGGGACCGCAACACGUUCGGAUCGAGGGCCUACGGUCGGGCCAAAACUCAGGCUACAUCGGCUGGGUUGUCUGGUAAGGUCGUUGGCGAGAUCGCCAAGUGGGGCUUCGGCGUGGCGACCGAAGUUUGGGACAGCUCCUGAAUGCACAUUUCAGGUGCAUGUCUGAUCGCACGCUGCACGGUGAAUGUUUGCAAGCAUGGGGUUCGCUUCUACUCAAUUCCCCAGGUCGCGUGCUUUUUGGCAGUAUCAUGCUGUUUGCGCCUGGCUGCUGUUUCCAGUGCGCCCAGUGAGGGCGCUGAACGGGGGAGGA